CGCCAGAUGGAGCUGCGGGAGCACGAGCACGUGGUGGAGUGUAUCGCCUGGGCGCCGCCGGCGGCGUCCGCGGCCAUCAACGAGGGCGCAAGCGGCAACAACAAGCAGGCGGGCCACCCGGGACCGUUCCUGGCCUCUGGCUCACGCGACAAGACCAUCAAGAUCUGGGACGCCGUCUCGGGCCAGUGCCUGCUGACCCUGGUCGGCCACGACAACUGGGUGCGCGGCCUGUCGUUCCACCCGGGCGGCCUGUACCUGCUCUCGGCCUCCGACGACAAGACGGUGCGCACCUGGAACAUCAAGGCCAAGCGCUGUCAUCGGACGCUCGAGGCGCACCAGCACUUCUGCACGUCACUAGACAUGCACAAGACGGCGCCGUUCGUGGUGACCGGCAGCGUGGACCAGACGGUGAAGGUGUGGGAGUGCCGCUAGCCGGCCCGGCCGCGCCGCCGCCCCGAGCUCUCUACAUUCCAACCUAGUCAGGACUCGGCCGUCGCCACAGGUCUCCCGCCCGGCGCGUGACGACCGGGCCCGUGUCGCGUGACUUUGACCGGCGCCCGGCGACGUGACCUUCAGCCGCGCCGGGCAGCUGUCGCCCGGGUCACGCGGCGUCGACCGUUGACCCGCGCCGGGUGAC